AAUGAGAUUUAAAACGUCUAAUAUAAAAGAAGCUACACACAGUGAGCUGGUUAGCUGUGUAGGCUGGGCAAGUCCUGAUGAUGUGUUCAGUGCAGGAGAUGAUCAUCUUAUUUAUAGGUGGAACCUUGUUACAGCAGAAACUCAGAAGGUAUCCGAUCUACCGGAGGAAUUCCAUCCUACAGAUAUGCACUGGCUACCUAGAUCAGGGGGACAGGGAGGGAAGGGGAAGAGAGCUGCUGAUACCUUCCUUCUAACAUCAGCAGAAGGAAAGCUACAGCUGGUUGGAAAGGGAGGAAGGCUGGAGAAACCAGUGGAUGCACAUAGAGGAGCCUGCUUGACAGGAAGAUGGAGCUGGGAUGGAGCGGGAAUAGUUACCGGAGGGGAGGAUGGAGCAGUAAAGAUCUGGUCAAGGUCUGGAAUGCUCCGAUCUACUCUAUCUACCCAGUCUUCUCCAAUCUACUGUGUAAGCUGGUCUCCUGAUUCCCAGCAUGUUCUUUUCUCUACAGGAACAAACCUUACCAUCAAACCUUUAGCUCCUAACUCUAAACCUAUUGUCUGGAAAGCUCAUGACGGAUUGAUCCUGUGCUGUGAUUGGUCUGCUUCGAACUCCAGGAUAGUGUCCGGUGCUGAGGAUUGUAAGUAUAAAGUAUGGGACGGGUUCGGUAGACAGCUCUACUCAUCCUCAGCUCAUGAUUAUCCGAUUACAAGUAUAUCCUGGAGUGGAGAUGGAGAAAUGUUUGCAGUUGGGUCCUUUAAUACUCUUCGUCUUUGUGAUAAGAUUGGGUGGUCCCAUAGUCUUGAUAAGCCCUCUACUGGAAGUAUUUAUAAGAUUGCUUGGUCAGCUGAUGGUACACAGGUAGCUGGAGGGUGUGGGAACGGUCAGGUUAUAUUUGCUCACGUGAUAGAACGUAGAUUAGAGUGGAGGGAUUACGAAGCUACAAUCACAGGAAGAAAAACUAUCUCUCUCAGAAAUGUGACAAAUGAAACUUGGGAGAAGCUUGAGUUUAGGGAUAGAAUAAUCCAGGCCAGUCUGUGCCACGGUCAUCUAGUUGUAGCUACAACCUCGCAGUGUAAUAUAUAUACAACGAAGAAUUGGAACACACCAACUAUAAUUGAUCUAAAGGAGGGCAGUGUAAGCCUAAUAAUCCAAGCUAGUAAGCAUUUUCUUCUGGUGGAGUCCCAAGCUAUCUAUAUAUACAGCUAUGAGGGAAGACUACUAGCUUCUCCUAAGUGGAGUGGGAUGAGACCUGACGUUUUGUCAAAACAAACUGUUAGUCUUAGCACAGAUUGUCUGGCCAUCAGGGAUCAAACUGAUGAAAGGAAUGUUCAUCUAUUUGAUACUGGGACAGGGAAACCAUUAAACGAUGGGAGACCAUUUACCCAUAAACAAGAGAUCGCAGAGAUUGCUCUGGAUCAGACUGGAUUACCCAAUGAGAGAAAACUAGCGAUUGUGGAUAAAAACAGAGAUCUUUAUUUGACUAAUGUUAGAAAGUUUGGAAGGAAUAAUACCCCUGGAAAGCUUGGUGUAAUGGUUCAGAGUUUGAGAUGGUCCCAGGACUGUAAUAUGCUGGUAGCCAUGCAGGAUGGUAAAGUUACAGUUUGGUUUUAUCCAAAUAUAAUUUUUGUGGAUCGCAGUUUACUUAUAAGGACCUUGGUGGAGAAGGAUGCUGCAGAGUUUGGAAAACAUUCAGUUGUUGUCAGCUUCAUGAACAAUGCUGUCAGCAUUAGACGAGCAGACGGGUCACUAGUUACUACAGGUAUUCCACCCUACCCUGCCAUGCUUCAUAGUUACGUUCUCUCUGGACACUGGGAGGAUGCAAUCAAAAUAUGCAGGUUUGUGAAAGAUAACACCCUGUGGGCCUGUCUGGCAGGUAUGGCUAUAGCAGCCAGACAGCUCAAUACUGCUGAAACAGCUUAUGCUAACCUUCAGGAGUCUGAUAAAGUCUACUACAUCCAGUAUAUACAAGAACUACCCCUGAAGGAAGCUAAGGCAGCUGAAAUGGCAGUGCUCAGUGGAAACUAUUACGAAGCUGAGAAUAUUCUUCUUCAGGCUGGUCUUGUGUUUCGAGCAAUCCUUCUCAAUAUCUAUAUUCAUCAGUGGGAGAGAGCGCUUGAUCUGGCGGUCAAAUACAAGACUCAUGUUGACACGGUUUUAGCUUACAGACUAAAGUACCUGGAGAGAAGUGAAAAAGAGGAAACAAACAAGCAAUAUUUGCAGUACAUGAACGAGGUUGAAGUAGAUUGGGAAAAGAUAAUGGAGAAGAUAGAAGGAGAAUUAACCCGGGAGAAAGAGAACCGAGGCUCACCAAACAAGAAAGUUACAAAACAGCUGAAUUAAGUUAUCUACACCGAGUCACAAAAUAAAGUCCUAGUUGCAGAAAUAAUUUAGGAAAUUGUCAAAAUUAAGCCCUUUUGAUCAAGACAUGCACUUUUAAAACGUACAAGCAAAUCAUGUUUAAAGCAAGCAAAUCACGUUUAAAACAAGGAAAUCAUGUUUAAAACAAGCAAAUCAUGUUUAAAACAAGAAAAUCAUGUUUAAAACAAGGAAAUCAUGUUUAAAACAAGCAAAUCAUGUUUAAAGCAAGCAAAUCAUGUUUAAAACAAGCAAAUCAUGUUUAAAGCAAGCAAAUCAUGUUUAAAACAAGCAAAUCAUGUUUAAAGCAAGAAAAUCAUGUUUAAAGCAAGCAAAUCAUGUUUAAAGCAAGCAAAUCAUGUUUAAAACAAGCAAAUCACGUUUAAAACAAGCAAAUCAUGUUUAAAACAAGCAAAUCAUGUAACAUUACACUUGGAUUUAACGGUUCUGUCAAUAUUCCAGAAAUCUGUGACUUUCGAUCACAAUUUGACCUAUUAAACAUAAU